AUGUUUUUAAAUUCUACAAUGAAAACUACUGAAGAAUUGUCUUACUCUGAAUUAGUCGCCAAUAUGUCAUCUUUUAAUAGCGCCGAUUUCAGUAUGUACAUUAAUUCUUCUGAGGCAAUCGAUAACAAGAAACGUCUGUGCACUGAAAAACGUGAAUCAAUACCCAUAACCCUGGAAGCUGCAAAGAAAUGUGAAGAAAUCGAUGACGAUAAUGAUGAUGAUAAUGAAUUUAUAUCCACCUCGGAUACAAGUAGUUCAAAUGAAUGCACAUUGAACACAACUGAAAGUUUAAACAAUCUUUUGGAAUAUUUCGAUGAAGAGUUGCUAUUCAACCCUAAUACAACUACAACUGCCAAUACUACAAUAACCGAUAAAGUAGCUACUCUCAUUGCGAAAUUUAGAUGUAAAACCGUACAAGUUUCGCUAAGAAAAAAAUCGACAAAACUUAAUAGGCGCCAAUCAGUAGUUCGUUUAAAUAUAAAGGAGCUAAGAAGAAGAUAUGAAACUAAUAAUGCAGAUAAAUUAAAUAAAAGCUCUACACAACAGAAGUCGUCAAGAUCGAGAGUUAAACAAAUAGUGCAAAUGUUUAAUGCAAAAAUGGUACAAAUCAUUCGGCGUAAUGGAAACGAAACCCCAUAUACUACUCUACAUAAUCAACUUUCACCAGAGACGAAGACAACAACGGAAAACAUAAAUAAGUUCGUGCAACAAGUCUCAGCACCAACAUCACAUACAGAAUUUAUAACCAAUAAUACAAGUACAACUAUAAUCCCACAACAGCCACAGAAAAGAUUCACAAAUACUACUUGCUUGGUGACGGAAGAAAUCUUUAAUCAGCUUUCUGUAAAGGAUAAAGCAUUGCAUUUUAAUAAAUUUAUAGACAAUUCAAAAUUCAUUAAACAAGUAGGACCUCAAUUAACUAAUGAGCAACAUUUCGUAAAAGAUUUGACGGAAGAGUUGGAAGCACUCUGUAGUUUUCCCAAAGCCACCAUUAAUCCAGUGAAAAAUUCACCGAAAAAACUAACCACAGAUGAUAUGAAGGAAGUUCCUGAAUGCGCAAACCUCAAUGAAAAAUUACAUAACAAACGAGAUGUUAUACCUUUGGAUAUAAUUGAAGCAACACAAAAGCGUUCAAGUAAUUCUAUGUUAUCCGAUGAUCCUAAGAAAAUACGCCUACAGCAAGUACACUCUAAUUCACUGAGGGCCAUCACACCAAUAGACAAUAUCAACAAGUCAAUUAUAACGGUAUUUGAUCAUGAAGUUACUAUCAGUUCUUUAGAUGACGAUGCACAAAAGUCAGCAGUAAAUAAAUUGCUGGAAGAAGCGCUAGCACACUUGACAACAAUUGAUGUUAAAGAGUCAACUGAACUUGUUUUACAAACACCUAAGAAAACUCUAAGAAAGAAGAAACGCCCAGCACCGCCAAUACCGAUUUCAAAUAAAGUACUCAAUUCAAGUGAAUGCUCAUCACAAUUGCAAGAACCAUGUGACGAACCAAAACAGAAUAUUCUAAAUCCGAUUGAAGACUUCAAAUUUGCAGUGCCAAUCAAACCACCACCACGAAAAAAGAGAAUGAGUCGUGCUGCCCCAUCAACAGAUGUAUCAGAUGAAGCACGUAGUUCUAGUGAGUGCGCAGCACAAUCACAAGACACGAGUGACGAACCAAAACAGAUUAUAUCAAAUCCGUCUGAAGAUUUCAAAUACGCUGUUCCAAUCAAACCACCACCACGCAAGAAGAGACUGAAUCGUGCUGCUCCUUCAACAGAUGUAUCAGAUGAAGCACGUAGUUCUAGUGAAUGCGCAUCACAAUCACAAGCAACAAAUGACGAGGCAGAGCACCCCAAUAAAAAUAUUCCAAAUUCAUCUGAGGACUUCAAAUUUGCUAUUCCGAUUAAACCAGCACCACGAAAGAAGAAAAUGAAUCGUAUUUUAACCUCGGGGAAAGAAAACUUGAAUAUUGAAUAUUACAAAAGAGGAAAGGCAUUCAAAAGUAGGCCGGACCGAAAGAUAUAUAAUAUCAACAAAGAAAACUUGGCGCAAUAUCACGCUAGUUCACCAAACGAAACCAAUAUAAUUGAAUCACGCAGUAGUCCAACACCAAUAUCAACAAAAUCACGCCGACGUUUCUUUUAUGACAAUGACUCACGGCGCAGCUCAGUAUACAAGCAAGUCAUACAAGAGCAUCAUCCAUUAGACAACGCCAAAGAGAUACCAUCUAAGCAAGAUAACUUUAGUGGACGCCCCAGUGCAAACUCCUUCGCCAACAUACCAUCGAAUAACCUAUAUACUAAGUCUAGAUUUUGGAUAACGGUAGAUGAUCUCAAAGUUUCCUAUGACAUAUGUUAUAAGCCAGCUGCUGACCUACGUUGUGCAUUUAAUAGCUUCACACAGAAAAUGCGCUAUCCUACAGAAUUUGGUAUCGAUGAACAUAAGUUUUCAAUUCUGGAUUCACCCACAAAACAAGAACGCUUGCCAAAAAUUAAUAAAAUCCAUGGACACAGUAGUUAUUGGUUUUCUUGUGGAGAUCUUAUUAUAAUGUUCACUGGCAAACAAAGAUCAACUGAUGAAGUAGCGCACUUAUUUACAUUUCUAAGGAAAUCUUAUACAAAUACAUCGUCAAUACGAUUUGGUGUAGAUGAUAUCGAGUUCUCCGUAUCACAAUACUAUCGACCAAGUGGACUAAGAUUCUCUGUGGAUUAUGAUAUGUUAGUGGGUCUACAAGCAGGCAACAGCAACGGACUAGAAGGACGCAGUAAGUUUGCAUGGCCAAAUUGCAGAAGAUCUUCUACAAAUUUAAAGAAUCCAAGAAUAAGUGAUCUUUACCGCCCAGAAUUCGAAUCGGAGAAGUUUGGAAAUAGCAAUAUGCCAACAUUAUCUUUCGGGAACCGACUUUCUAUGAACUUUCUACGUUACAGUGAUGCUAGCAUGUUCAGUCCAGAUAUGUUUAGCUUAAAAAGCGAGCCAUUGGAUCAAAUAUUCAAUGAUGUUAAAAACCUAACUUUCCUCGAAAAUAUUGUUAAGGAAAAUAAUAAUGUUUAA